AUGCAAGGCGUUCUGAUCUUUCUGCUCCUCACAGCUGGGCUAAACCUGUGUCAAGCAGAUGUAAUCGAUCUAACGAAUGAUAAUUUUGACUCGGUAAGUAUCGAUUCACGAUAAAAGUUCUGCACUCGUGUGCCGCGCGGUUCUAAUUAUUAAUUCAAGCGCUGUCACACGGUGAUUGGACAAAGUAUUACACGCUGUUUUUCUUCUUUUUUUUUCAGCAUAAGCGAUUAAGUUUAGAUAAAUUUUUUUCUCUCUAAUUUUCCUGCUACAAGUAAUUUCAUUCCCAUGCAAGCUUCACGAUCAGUAAAAUGUCAUUUUAUUUUAGAGUGUCCAAAGUUUUAAUCUUGUCAAUCACCUCUUGUUUCUCUCUCCAGGUAGUAAAUGGUGAUAAAUUUGCUUUUGUUGAAUUCUAUGCACCUUGUAAGUACCAGGAUGAUAUUUAAAAAAUUUAUAAAAAUGACCUACAGGUUCAUACUUAGAAAUCACUACACCAAAAAUUGAUAAGCUUAUCUUUUUGUCCCUUAAAAAAAUUGUAUCUUUGGUUUGAAUUUUUCAAACAAGUUGAAAUUUUUCAAACUAGUUUGAAAUUUUUAAACCAGUUCUUUUAUCAAUUGUCUGAAAAAGGGCCUUUUCUUUUUUAUGGUGUGGUUGAAAAAUAAAGGCUAGGCUUUUGGGGGGUUCUUAAAAAGAAUAAUAUUAUUAGUACUUAUCAGAAUUUUUCAUUUUAACAGUUCUUUUGCAUCUCACCAACCACCCCUUCCUCCUUGUUCUGUCAUUUCCCUCCUAAGAGGCCCUGCCAGGCUAAAUUCCGACAAGCGACAUGGCCCAAAAAGUAGCGACAGCGCGUAAAAUGAAAUCACGACAAGAGACAACCUCCCUCGGCCAAAUUGUGACAGUGACGGCAAAGCCGACAAUAAGCGACAAGCAUUUAUAAACACUGACACAAGACGUUUAAAAAUUCAGGCGGGCAACAUGGGACCCCUCCCCCCCUGGCAGCGCCUCUCCUAGGUCUUCCUAACCCCUCUUCACUAUUUCUCACCUAACCUUCCCCCGCCCCAUAUUAUAAUAAUAAUAAGAAGAAGAAGAAGAACAUUUUUAUAGCGCCUAUCCAGUAAUGAUCUAGGCACUUAACAAAGUGAAAAAACUAGAAUUAAAAUAAAUAUUGAUUAAAAUAAAACACAUAUAAAAUUAAAUAAAUCUUCCUAAUGACUAAAAUAAUAGUUCUUAAAAAGGUGAAAAGGUAGGUUUAAAGUUUUGCUUAAAAAGACGUAGAUUCCCACAUGCGCGUAUGUCGUCAGGUAGUUUGUUCCAAAGCUUGGGGGUUGAAACAGCAAAUGCUCUAGAUCCAUAGGUCUUAAGGUUAAAGCUAACAGGAUUCAGACUGAGUGUAGAUGGUAAGUAGUGGGUUAUUAGGUCUUGAAUGUAGGUUGGAGAUUGCUGAUGCAGAGCCUUAAGUAGUAGAAUCUUGAAUUGAAUUCGUUCAGAAACAGGUAGUCAGUGAAGAUCGAAGAGGAUGGGAGUGAUCACACUCCCUAGAGCAUGUAAUCUGUCUGGCAGCUGCAUUCUGCACCGAUUGAAGCUUUUUGAAGUUUUUAGAGGCAUGAUAUGAUGAUGAUGAUGAUUAUAUAGUAGAGAAUUGCAGUGAUCGAGUUUGCAAGUUACAAAGGCGUGAAUAAGAAUCUCAGUAGUUUGCAUUGAUAAUUGUUCCCCUAUGCAGGAAAUGGUGCGAAGAUGAUAAAAGGCAGAUUUACAAACAUUGUUGACAUGGGGAAGCAUAGACAGAUCUAGAAACACUGUUCCUAACCUUACAUGAAAGCUAACCAUUUGAAAUAAAUGUUUAACCCUAAUCACUAAAGCAAAUACUUACUAAAAUGUGAAACCUUGAUGUCACAAGGUUAUUUUACACAGUAUUUUAAAGGGAGAGGUACAAAUAAAUGAGAACGAGUUAUGUGUUUAAAAAUUUCUAACCAGGUUGAAAAUUUCAAACCAGUUUGAAAAAUUUAAACUGGUUUAAAAAAAUUCAAACCAAAGAUUAAACUUGAACCACAACACAUAUUUCCUCAAGACAUAGCAGAGGUCCAAUACCCAGUGUUCUUUAUUCCCACCAUGAUCCUCAGAAUUUUCCAUCUCACAAUCUCAAAGUCUUUUUUCAACAGAUGACCUAUUCCUGAGCAUGCCUGUGAAAAUUGAAGGAUACUGGUGCCUAACAUACCUUUUGGAAGAUAGUUGGUUUAAAGAAAAUUUAUACAGUCACAAUAUCGACCCCCCUUUCUCUCCUUCCGUACCCCCAAACCCAUUGAUUGAAAGGCUUAAAAACAAUAAAACAUUUCAAGAGGCAAAUGCAACAGCUAUAAUAAUAUGCAUAUGUUGCAAUGAAUCCACCCUUUACUUCAGGGUGAUGUCCUAAUAUAUAUAUAUAUAUAUAUUUAUACAUAUUUAUUUUUUUUGCAGGGUGUGGUCAUUGCAAGGCGCUUGCACCCACUUAUGAAAAACUGGGAAA